UUUUUCAUUUUUUGAGAACAGUAAAACCUUUUUUUUCCAACCUAAAACUGUCAGUUUUCGUUUACUGAAAACCAAAAAAUGUUUAGUUUUAACUUUUUUGAAGAACCCUCCCCCCCUCAAAAAAACCUCAAAAACAAACUUUGUAAAUAAUGAAAAGAGUUUUGUUUUCACUGAAUUUUUUGGGGGGGAAAGAAAUCAUUACCCAAAGUUCUAAUGUCUAGGGCUAGAUUGCAGCUUGACCUAUGCAUCUGUGCACGAGAAUAAGCUGGAAUAAAAGAUAUCCCCCCAUACACUUCUACAUGGGCUACAUUAGUAUAGGGGUAUAGAGGUAAGAGAGGAUAUUCCCCUGCUUGUUACCAUCCUGGGGUAGGUGGAUAGGGAAUGGGUGGAUAUUUGGCUCCAUCCCCGUACUUGCUGGCCAGAGUAGCUUAGUCAGCAUAUGCAUGCUGGUAUAGACCAGCAGCAAAAUUAUGACCCCUUUGGGGCAAGGAGGAACCGAGGGAGGAAUUGUGACUUAAUACUUCUGGGACAAUGCAGCUUAUACACCCUUCCUUGCUCAGGGCUGUGCCUCAAGUCAGAGCCUAGCCAUAUGGCUUCAUACUGAUUUAGGCAUCUGUUAAAAUGUCAUGUAAAAAUCCUACAAACUAGAACCUCAGAUGUGCUGAGGGCCUCUGGGGAACUCCUGGGUAACUUCAUCUCUCAAGGAAGUCCCUGGUAAUUGAGGCCCCUUGAACCAGGAAGCCCUCAGCAACCUGCCUGCAUAGGGUCUUAUAUGAACAGUUUUAAGAAAGACAUUUCCCCCCUAAAGAAUGUGUUGACACAGCGCAAUUCAGGACUUCCAGACACAGUGAAAUCCUUGCAAGAGGCAUCAGAGAGUGGAUUGCCAGAGUUUUAGAAGCCCGGCAGCUGUUAGCUGCAGCAUGAGGAAGAGUCUUCGGUCUCUCCAAUGUACAGGAAAGAGAAGACGAGUUGUAGUAAAUGUCCGCCUUCGAUACUGAGAAAAAGGCCACCCGUGAACCAAGCUGUGAGUGAAAAGCGAAAAGCAGAGAGAAGGGUUCGAUUUCGUGAGCCAGAAAUCACUGGAUAUGACAUUUCCUGCUGGGACUACAGAGUUGCACAUGACAGGCCAUCAGCUGGAUUGCCUUUGCUCCUGUGGUUUUCGCUUUGUUUAGUGCUGAUCCUGGCUGUGAGUCUGUACUACAGCAGUGUGAAGCAGAAUUUCAAAGUCUUGGAAGAAUUUCAAUCCCAGCUCGUUAUCUUCUUUCUUCAGAUAAGACACGUUGCUUUGAAAUGCUGGACUUGGUUUAUGAGGCAAUAACAGUGUCACAGGUGUGGAACCAUGCAUGGCCUAAGACAAAGAUCUUAGCAGAUAACAUCUAAAUGCAUAUUGCAGCACAAGGCUCAAAGCCCACUCAAACCAAGCACCAGAGAAUGCGCCAGCCUUCCCUUUGAAGACUAAUAUAGAGCUGACCCUAUUGUACACUUACCUUUUCCUGUAGCCACUUGUUUUCCAUUUCUUUUAUUAUUAUUGUAUAUAUUACACUAACACCUAGAAGUUGCAACCAAAAUCAGAGCUCCAUUGUCCUAGGCAAUACAUAAAUACCUGGUAAGAGAUAGUCCAUGCCUCAGAGAGCUUAUAAACUGAAGAAACAAGAAAAAGCAAAGAAACAGAAACAGAGAUUAAUUGAUUCAAUCAAGGUCAUAUAGGUAGAAAAUAUCAGGAACUAAACUCAGGUCAAUCAAGUCUCAGGUCAGUAGCUUAACCACGAGACCAUCAUUCCGCUCUGGUUUUGCUACUGCAAUAUGUGCAAGCCUUACUGCUUGUGUUCAAAGGCUCUGCAAUGCUGUAUUUUACACAUAUGUGAAAUGGUUGUGAGUAAAACCUUGGCAGAUGGUGUUCUCAUGUCCCCUCAAGCUUUCUCCUAUGUGGGCAAAAGAUAGCUCUUGGAAAUGUUUCACCGGGUUCCCAGGCAUGGAAGAGAGCAUGGAAACUCGUUUAAACAGGCUACGGGUAUUUGACUAAUAUCACACAUAACAGAAUUGAAUCCCAGGUUAAUUAUCAAGUCAGUAGUUUAAUCCUCUGAGUUCAAUUCAGUCCGUAAACCUCAUGAGCCAAGUUUACAUGGUUUGUGACAUCAACAAACUUCUUCAAUUUACUUAUAGCUCACAUUCAGUCAGGGGACCAUGUAUUCAUCCCAUGCAUGCUCAACUAUAGUUUAAGGCUUUGCAUAAUGCUACAACUGACUGCUUAUGAAGGUGGCAAGGACAAAGCUCCAUUGUCUUGGGAGGCCCCCCAUUAAUAUCUUACAGUAAAGAUAUUUAUGAAGGGGAUCAUUUUAGUAAUGAUAGUGCAAUAAAUGCUGAAUGCCUCUUGUGUGUGUCAAAGUGGAUCCCAAUUUGUCUAUCCAAGUGUGUCUCAGAGAGGGCCAACAAAUUCAUCUGGCCUGUGAGCAAUAGCUUUCUGGACUUUAUUUUCUCCAUAGGAAUAAAUAGCAACAUCCUUUUUUUUCCUGGUCUUCUUUUCAAGUAAAAUUAAAAAAAAUAUUUGGACAAGUGCCCUACUGUAUUCAGAAAGAUAAAGACCACCUGAGAGUCUGCAACAGCAGAAAAAACC